AUGGCCGCUUUUGCUUUGUUUCUACUUGUAUUUCCUGGUGCUUGCCUCGCUAGGCAUCUAAACCAGGAUUAUGGGUCUGUUUUUUGUGGAAGCUUGAAUAUCAGUUACCCAUUCCGAUUGAAAAACCAACCUCCUCAGUGUGGUGACCAUUUGUAUGAAGUUGAGUGUGAGACAAAUAACCGCACCACUUUGGUUUUGAGAGAGGGGAAAUUCUUAGUGGAAGAAAUCUUUUAUGAGAAUUAUGCGAUGCCAGUGGUUGAUGCGGGCCUGGACAUGGAUGAUUGCAACUCCUUUCCUCUCAGUUCCGUAUACUCUUAUUAUGAUACUUGUGUAUUGGAAAACGUCAUGAACUGGUUUAGUCUCCGUACGCCGGCGACUUUCCGUUUUAAGCGACACUGGAAACAAAAGCCAGCGGCAACGAAUGGGGAUGCAGCGAACGAACAAGAAGAGUCACCUCUCUAUAUUUCAACCUCUCGUUGUAGCAUCAACUCCAAUGCCUCUUCCUAUUGCUACUUUUUAGAGGAAAGAACUACGCCGUCUGAUUUCAGUCAAUCCUGUACUGUGGAAGCCCGGGUUCUAAUUGGGGUUGAUAAUAUCUUAGUCAUGUCUACGUUGGGUAUUUACAAUAAGCUAUCUGAGGGUGUUUUACUUGGAUGGGAGCUGGAGUACAACUUCACGGAGGAAUGCAUCUACAAACUUUCAUUUCAAGACGUGUAA